UGAAGGGGAGAGGGAGAGGGAGAGGGAGAGGGAGAGAGAGGGAGAGAGAGAGAGAGAGCUUGAGAAGCUAGGCGAGAUGUUGAAAUCGCCACACCUUAUAACGAUCGCCUCGAUUGUUCUUGGCUGCGUCGCCGCUUUCUUCCUCGGCAAGCAUUGGUCGGAGGGAUCCCAGCAGCUCAUGUUCUUCUACAGCAGCACUGGGGCCAGCGAAGGCCAUGUCGCCAUUUCUCCUAACGCAAACCGCACAUUUGACAUAUCCUCGCUCAUCUCCGAUGGGUCUACUUCUCCGCCGCCUCCUCCGCCGCAUCCGCCUCCGCCGCCGGCGGCGGCAGCGGAGAGGUUUGGGGUUGUGAAUGAGAACGGGGAGAUGAGCGAUAGAUUUGAUACUGGGGCGUUAAAUACAGAUCUGGUGGAGAGUUUGGGGAUGGGGAACGAGACGGAGGAGGCGAGUGGGGAGCAAGAGGGCGCCGGUCGGGUUGUUAGGGUUGCGAAGUUCCGAUCCUGUUCUACGAUCAAGAGCGAGUACAUUCCUUGCUUGGAUAAUUGGGAGGAGAUCAAGAAGCUUAAUUCAACGGAACGAGGGGAGAAGUUCGAGCGGCAUUGUCCAGAGGUGGGGAAGGGGUUGAAUUGCUUAGUUCCGGCGCCAAAGAACUACAAGACCCGGAUUCCUUGGCCGAAGAGCAGAGACGAGAUUUGGUUUAACAAUGUUCCUCAUACACGUUUGGUUGAAGAUAAAGGUGGGCAAAAUUGGAUCAUAAGAGAUAAAGAUAAAUUUAAAUUUCCUGGAGGAGGAACUCAGUUUAUACAUGGAGCAAAUCAGUAUUUAAAUCAAAUAUCAGAGAUGGUUUCAGAUAUAUUGUUUGGUUCUCAUACUAGAGUUGUUCUUGAUGUUGGAUGUGGUGUAGCUAGUUUUGGCGCAUAUUUAUUUUCAAAAAAUGCAAUCACCAUGUCAAUUGCCCCGAAAGAUGUUCAUGAGAACCAGAUUCAAUUUGCUCUUGAGCGUGGCGUGCCGGCAAUGGUAGCAGCUUUUGCAACACGGAGGAUGCUUUAUCCAAGCCAGGCAUUUGAUCUAAUUCAUUGCUCACGAUGUCGGAUAAAUUGGACACGAGAUGAUGGAAUCUUGCUUCUGGAAGCCAACAGAAUGCUGAGAGCUGGGGGAUACUUUGCCUGGGCAGCACAGCCAGUUUAUAAACAUGAAGAAGCACAGCAAGAAACUUGGAAAGAGAUGGAGGACCUGACAGCACGUAUUUGUUGGGUACUCGUGAAGAAGGAAGGUUAUAUUGCCUUAUGGCGUAAACCUCUGAAUAACACUUGCUACAUCAAUCGGGAUGCUGCAGUACGACCUCCAUUAUGCAAUCCUGAUGAUAACCCUGAUAGUGUUUGGUAUGUUAAUCUGAAAAAAUGCAUUACCAGACUGCCGGAGAAUGGUUUCGGGAGUAAUGUGCCAUCCUGGCCUGCUCGUUUGCAUGUACCGCCACAAAGGCUUCAGAAUCUAUUAAUGGAUGCUAACAUUGCUAAAAAUGAGCUGUUCAAAGCGGAGACCUCCUUUUGGGAUGAAGUUGUGGGAAGCUACGUCAGUGCUUUUCACUGGAAAAAAUUGAACUUGCGGAAUGUUAUGGACAUGAGAGCUGGAUUUGGGGGGUUUGCUGCGGCAAUGAUUGAUAACCAGCUUGAUAGCUGGGUGAUGAAUGUUGUUCCCACUAGUGGUCCCAACACAUUGCCUUUGAUAUAUGAUCGUGGACUUAUAGGAGUUGCCCAUGACUGGUUUGGGAGCCCUUUCUUUUGGCAUCCAUCUUCGGAAUGGCGAACCAAGCGUUUGGGAGCAAGUUUUUCACGCGUGUUUCGCGGAUGGGGGCCUCAGAUCGGCGAAAGCUGUAACAAAGGGAGGGCUCUGCAUUCCACUCCGGAAGCUCAAUUGUGAAUGGUUUUUGCUAUCGCUGUCCCUCUUCAUUUCGCAGAAUACUUGGCCUAUAUCCCUGCUAAUACCCCUGGCCCCCUCCCCCCAAUUGUCACCAGUGUCGUUCGGGCUGAAAUCGAAUUGCGUUCGCUUCCCUCUGUUGUCGGUGCCAUCGAAUCCAACUGCCUUUCUCCAUUGAAGGUGCGAACCAUUUGAUACAUAUCCUCGAACUUACGAUUUAUUGCAUGCAUUUGGUCUGUUCUUCACA